UACACAUCACACUUGGCCGUGAGACACCCAGCACUUUCCCAUCAAUUUCGACUUCCAAAAUGUGGGCGCCACCCAAAAAAAAGUCCAUUCCCUCCCGGGCGGUGGACAAGGACCUGGCCACUCCUGAGCCCUUGAAAACUCUUGCGAAUCCCUUGCCGCUGUGGAGUCGUCUUCUGGACCACAAUGCGGAUGGUUGCCUGCGGAGGAAAAAGGACGACAAGGAGGCGAGCUACGAAGUGGAGGUCGACAACCGAUUGUGGUCCUUGUGGGGCACCGCCCACCAAGUGGAACCCGAGGGGAGUAGUACCUCCUCGGAGUCCGCAUCCGGCAGGACCUCUGCUCCCGGCAAGAUCCUGGCCUGCUGUGUGGUGGCCUGUUGUGCCGGCAGCUUCCAUUCACUGGACUGCUGGGACUCCCAUUUACUGGACACGAUUCUGGUGAACGGGGAGGAAUACUACGAUGAAAGUUUGGCCGCCAGGCAGCGCAGGGAUUUGGUGGGCGAACUGUCCCUGGAAACUUUGAACACCUUCUGCUGCCUGGGUGGACGCAACUUUUGGGUGGACAUCGAGAAGUUCUCGUCCGGCAAGUUGUACAACAAGACCAAGAGCUUGGGAUCGGCGUUGAGUGCGUUCUUUGCCCAGCACCUGCAAACGGGCAUCCUCCAGCUGAGGGAUCAGGCCCUGGCCUUCGGCUUCAUACCGGAAUAUGCCUCCGGGGGAGCCUUCUUCCUCUUCCACUGCCAGGCGAAGGGAAGGCCCCUCUUCAAGGACUGCGAGAGUGCUCCCUAUGUCCUCAGGAUGCGCAAGCUGCAGCAGCUUCUCUACUGCAUGCUGAUCACCUUGGACGAGCGCCGACGCAAUGUGCCCUUCAGGAUCUACAAGGUGGGAUGUGUGCCCAGUGCCGACUAGGUGGAUCUUCAAAAUUGAUCAGUUUUCAAAAGAGUCUGCCGAAGACUAACAUUUUCUAGGUUCCCCUGUAACCCAUUUCUUCAGAAUUUCUAAUCUAUAAUAAAAGCCAACCAAACCAAAAA